AUGCGUGGAAUUAUAAAUAGAUAUGGUAAAGGAAAAAUUUAAAAAAACAAAUCAAACAAUUUAAAAUUAAGUGUAAUAAAAAUACCAGCUAUAUUUAAAAAAGUUGUUUUAAUAUCAACAAUGAUAUUAUAAUAUUGUAUAAUAUUUUGUUAGAUGAAAGGUAUAAUAAAGUAGCCCAUAAAAGAUAUUUAAAUGAAAAUCAUAGGAUGAUAGUAGUUUACAAAAGAAUGUAUUAGUGUCCCACUUAAAUAUUAAAAUUGAAUAGUAUCUCUGUUAUCCAUAUAUACAUUAUAUAUUAUAUUAACAAAUUUGAAUUUAAUAGAUAAUACGAUAAAAACAAUGUAUAGUACAUGGAGAAAAAUACAGAGUAGUUAUAACUAUAUACAUAUAAUUAUAAAUAUGUACAUAUUUAAAUAUAUAUUUAUGUAUAAAAUUAAUAUUAUAUCAGUUUUGUAAGUAUUUAAUUAAAUUUUUAUUAUGUUAUUUAAAUUAUAACAAAAAUUUUUCAUUUUGUGAUGAAAUUUAAUUAUAAAUAUCCCAUAAUGCUAUAUAUCCAUCUUUUGCAGCUGUAGCCAUUAUCAUUUUAUUACUAUAAGCUUUUAUUCUUUCUGUAGAAUAAAUAAUAUCUUGUACAGUAUCUUUAUGUUGACAUAAAACAGCUAAUGGUUUUAAGGUUUUCCAAGUAUAUAUUCUAAUUCGGCUGUCCCAUCCUCCAGUUGCCAUAAUUUUAGUAUCAGGUCUAAUUGUAAUUACAGAAAUUCCAGGAUUUGUCACAGUUAUUUUAUUUUUAUUAUGCAAUAGAUGAUUAACUGAUAAACUAAAUAUCUAAAAGUGAAAAAUUUAUAUCAUUGUAGACCUAAUCAGUUCUUUAUUAAUUAAAAUAUUUAAUGAGACUAAAUUCUUUUUAGUUCAAUUAUUUGUUAUGUAUAUUUUUUUUUUACCUGUAUAUUAUUAGAAGGACCAGCAAUUGCUCCUUUUGAUAAUGUAGUAUCAAAAUCUAAUGUCAUUGGACAUGUUUCUACUGUUAAAGAACUUAAUAUUUUAUUUUGUCGAACAUCCCAUAGAAUUAACUCUCCUGCUUCAUAAGCAACUAAAACUAAUUUCUCAUUUUUUAGCGGUUUGAUAGUCAUUACUUCUCCUAAAUUCUUGGAAUUAUGAGAAUUCAAUUUCAGUUCGGUAUUAAAAGUGUUCAAAGAUAAUAUUCCAACUGCAGAUUCUUUAAGUGGUACAAAUAUUUCAUUUUCAGAAAAUACUUGAAAUCUGUUAUAAAUUUAAGAAUAAUUUAAGAAUAAUUUAUUUUAUAUAAUAAAUAUGAUAUAUUAAGUAAAUAUUUAAAUAAUUAAUUUUAAUACAAUACAUAUAAUAUAUACCUGCAAUAAUGAUAAAAAUCUAUAUUAAUGGAAUUAAACGCAGUCCAUUGAGUUUCUGUUUUUUUAUACAUUUUGAUUAAACCACAUUUAUGUUGUACAAACAAAGUAUUACUGUUUAAGCUUUGCAAAUUUAAACAAGAAUCUUCUUCUGAUAUAAUUUGAUAUAAUUCUCUAUUUGUCUUUAACAUAAAAGUAUUAUAAAAUUUAUUUUAUACAUCUAACAAUAUGUUCAUAUAAUAGUUUUAUAUGUUAAUCUAUAGAAAAUUUUUAAAAUCAUUUGAUUAGACAUAAAAAUAUUUAAAUAUUUUAUUUACAUUUAGAUCCCAAAUGUGAAUGUUGCCUUUGGUAGUGCCUGCAUAAAGAUGUUCUACAUUGGGGGUUAUUUGAAAAAGAAUGCAAUUUACACAACCCAUAUCACCACGAAAAAGAUAUUUUGGAUCCGGAGGAAGCAUCGCCAUUGAAGUAAGUUUUGUAUAAAUUCACUACUACAAUGUUUGUAAUAUAGUAUAAAAUUUUAAUUAAAAGCUUUAUUAAAUUUGAUUUAGAAAUAUAUAUAAAUGCACAAAAUUAUAAUACUAACAAUUUUUAAAGAGGACAUUUUUAAAUAUGAAUAUUUAUAAAAAUGAACUUAAUUUGUUUAACUGAAAACAAUCACAUAAAAAUUCGUAGUAUAAAUGUUUUUGUAAUGAAAAAAAUAAAUAGAUACUGAAUAAUAUAAGUUGUUAUACUCAUUGUCAAUAUUGUAUUCAUAUAUAAUUUAUAAAUACCUAUACAAGAAACUUUGUAACUCAGCAAUUCUUUCUAAUUAAUAAUUAUUUGGAUUUUUUGAAUUUUUAUCACAGUUUAUUUAUAUAUAAAUAAUUUUUUAAGUGACUUUUUAAAAUACUUUUGUAGAAUAAUAUAAUUUAUUUUAAAUAAAAAUAAUUACAAAUUAAUGAACAUUUUUAUUCUUUCAUUAUAUAUGAGAAAUUAAAUGAACAUUUUUAUUCUUUUUAUACAUUCUUUUUUCAUUACAUUUUUUAUAGUUUUUCAAUAUUUUCCGUUCUUUUCCUAUAAUUUAAAUUACAUUAAAUACUUAUGAAUUCCAUUAAAUAUUUUAUUAUAGCUUUUAUUAAUAAUUGUUAUUAUUUAGUACUUAUAAGCUUACAAUUAGUUCUAUAGUUUUUCAAUCUCAGAGCCUUACAAUACAAGAUUAAUAUAUAUUUCUUCUAUGAUUUAUAUUAAACUUUGUUUAUGUCAACAUAUUAUAUUGAUAUUCAUGAUACAAAAUUCUAAAUAAUGAAGAAUUUUUACAUUAUAUAUCAUUCAACAAGUUGAGAUACUAGUUAUAGACAUAUGUACGUGGAGGCAUUCAAAUGAAAUAGGAGCCUAGUUGUAGAUUUUACAUCAACAUAGAUAAUAUGGAUACCUAUUUAAAGACUGACAAAUUCAUCUCUGAUAUAGAUAAAUUAACAUUUGAGUCAAUAAUAAUAAGCAUCAGUCAAUAGUUUUUCUAUUCCGCUGGCAUAGAUUUAUUGAACAAACUAUAGAACUAUAGAACACUUUUUAUAUCUUGUUUCAUAAAAUAUGAAUUUUUGUUCAAACAUUUCAUUUAAUUUUUUCAAACUUUUUACUUUUUUUUUUAUAAAACAACUUUAAUUUAUAUUUAUCAUAUUAUUUGUUUAAACCACAUUAAAAAUAAAAAUAACAUUAAUAUUUUUUUUAUAAAAUUUAAACAUUUUGUAUUUCUUGCAAAUUUUCAUUAUAAUCUCAUUUCUUAGAAAUAUUUAAAUAAAAUAAUUUAUAAAUUAUCUCAUGAUAUGUAAUCAAUUUGAUAUAAUAUUCUCUUACAAUAUCUUUUCUAUAUAUAAUUAUAAUUUAUUAAAUUUAACACAAUAUUAGAAUAUAUGUUUCAUUUAAUAAUACUUUUAGUUGUAUUAUCUUUCUCUUUUUUCUUUGUUUUUACAACUAAAAUUUUCUUAUUUCAAAAAUUAUUCCUUAUGAGAAAUUAAAGACAUUUCUCUUCAAGGUUUGAUAUUUUUAGGUUAUAGGAAAAAUUUCCAAAAUACAAAAAAAUAUAAAUAACACAGUACAUAGAAAAGUUUAUAUGAAUAAUAUAAUAGAUAGAAAUUCAACCUUAAACCUGUAUAAUUCUUGAUUUCAUUAAUAAAUAAAUCUACUUCAAUUCUAUUUACACUGAUAUUUCUUUGGGUUUGUAAACACACACAUUUUUGUAUAAAAUUUCUUUGUAUGUUCAUAAAUUAUAAUACUGUAUGAAUAAAAAGAAUAAAAAUAUUUAUCUCGUUCUAGACUGUAUAUAUGUAUAUUGUAUGAAAGAAUUGUUUACACUGAUAUGAUACGUAUUAACACAUAGGGAUAGUGACUAGUAAUUAAAGGUACGUGAAAAGGUAUGACAAAAUUUUUAUGUAUUUUAUGUAUUAAUUUAAUAAAAACUGACAUAGUUUGCUCAUACACAAGCUCAAACAAAUAAAAUCGAGGCCCUACGUAACAUCUUAGUAUUUCACAUUCAAAAAUUCGUAUGUUAAUUUAUAGUUAUAUAGUUAUAUCUCGAAUUUCUUUUCUAUUUUAUUCUCGUGUAUAUUAUUUUAUUUAUUAAUUUAAAUUUUUUCUUUCAGAGAAUUUAGGGCUUCGUACAUUUUACGGAUUUCUUUUCGAUGUUCUACCGACUUAAAAAAUGAAUAAAAAAAGAAUCCCAACGUGUUCGUGUUCUUCUGUAGCAGCGUGAUUGAGUUUCAUAUGUUUAGGUAAAGACCGAUAAAAAUUUUAAAACAUUAAAUUAAAACAUUAAAAUUAAAAACAUUAAAAAAUGUUUCUUGAGAAAUUCGAAAGAAGUUGUGAGAUGUGCUGUCACGGAUAUCGAGAAAAAAUAAUUGCAAAACCUAUGGAGAUUUUCAAUUACAAUAAUUUCCAUAAGAGAAGAAAAAUUCGUAAUAAUAUCAAUAAAAUUGAGCCAACAUUAGGUAAAACAAAAAUUUCGCAUAUCAACAUGAAUUCGAACAAUCAACUGAAAAUAAAAAAAUGUAAAAUAAGAUUUUUUUCAUAAAAUAUUUUGUUCCGAGAAAAUUAAAUUUACAAAUUUAUCAGUUUUUGGAUUUAUCCGCCUGACAAUUUGCUUCUUUAGUAUAUCAUAACUAGGAUGAUACCCAUACAAAUUAAUGGAGAAGUAUCCUUACUAUAUUCAUGAUGAACCAUUGUUACAUUAUAUAAAAAUGACAUGAAAAAAAAAGCAUUGGGAAAGAAGAGAUUCCUUCUAAGAACGAGAAGCAAUAUGAAGUCUGAAGGACGACAGAAUGAAGGCUGAUUUUGGAAUGUUAUAGCCUCAAUGUCUACAAUGUAUCAGAAAUAUCAAAAAGUUUGAAAUAUCUGAAGAAAUAAUUUUUCUUGACACACCAUAUCCUUUUUAUUCAGAGUAGAGUAAGGAAUCAAAUUAUGGAAAAAAUUUAUUAUUCACUUUUAUAUAACAAUUGCUUAUUAAGCAAAGAACAAUUGUAUACACAAUAUUAUUUGCAACAAAUAAGUUGAAAUAUAUAAUCAUGUUUGGAUUUAUGGAUGGAUUUAUGGAUUUAUACACAAUGGAUUUAUCUUACUGAGAAUCACUGGUAACCUCCGCGGUGCUGAAAUACUUUAUUUUCACUUAGUUUUUACAAUAUUUUAUUUUUACGAUAUAGUGAAAAAUUGAGAGUUGCAUUCCUUCACGUAUGAACUCGCAAAGAAAACUAUACCAUGAAACUAAAAUAGAAAAGACAGAAUCGGGGACAAUUUUAUAAAAGAUGUUAUUCAAAACAAUUAGAUAGAACAAAAGCAAAAAAUUGUACCAAAAAAGUUCCCACAUAUUAUGAAGAUUGUACUGAUUAACUUUUCUUUGUUUGCAGUGAUUUAUGAUAUAUUGCAAUGUACGCAAAUAAUAUUUAUGCAUAUAUAUUAUAUGUAUAAAUAAAACUAUUUUAUUACAUGUUCUAUACUGCAUUAAUUUCUUUCUUUACACUAUUGUAGUAGUAGAUAAUAUUGAAAAAUUUUUAAGUAUUGGCUCGAAUUAUGUGUUUUUUUUAAUCUUGAUAUAUCGUUGAUCGGUGCUACUAGCAAAUUGAGUACCUGUUACCCAUGACAUUCAAAAUGUUAAAACUCCAUUUUUAUAUUCAUUGAAUAAUGUUUAAUAUCAAUAUUUGCUACAAAUAUUGAGAUAAUUUUUAAUAUUAAUGAUCAAAUUAUCUUCCUUUGAUAGAUAUAUUUUUAUUAUAUAUUAUAUUUCAUAAGUUAUAUUUCAUAUUCUGUUUGAAACUUUUAUUUUUAUUUAUCUGUUCUCAUUAGGUAAGUAAAGAACAUUUUUCGAAAAAUUUACAAUCCAUGUUUCAAAUAAAAUUUAUUCAAAAUUUCCUUAAGUGUCUCAUUUCUUGGAAUUAAAUAGUAUGUUUGAAUUUAUAUUUUUUGAGAUGAUAUGGUUUUUCUAAACUGGGUUCGGAAUUGCAUAGAU